CCGGAUUGCGACAUUUUCACGUUCAAGGAUGACAACAUAAUACCCUCAACUCUACCAACAGACCUCACACGACCUUAUUUGCUCGUAAACAUUGGCUCUGGAGUAUCAUUCUUUCAAGUCUUUGACAAUCGCCGAUGUGAGCGCAUCACGGGUUCGUCAUUUGGAGGUUCUGCCCUCUGUGGACUUUUGUUGCUUCUCACAAAAGCCCGCACCUUUGAUGAGAUGCUUGAACUUGCGGACAAGGGCGAUAACUCUAAUGUCGAUAAGCUGAUUGGAGACAUAUAUGGUGUGGAUUAUACUCGGAUUGGCAUGAAAAUGACUGCUGUUGCAUCGACAUUUUGCAAAGCAUUCAGCAAAGAGCCCCGAUCACAGUAUCACCUCUCCAGAAUAGCAGAAAACGACGCAUCACAAACAAGCAAACCACCCUUUUCGGACGCCGAUAUUUGUCAUUCGCUUGUUUUCGCAUUGUUCAACAACGUUGGACAACUUGCGACACUGCAAUCACGGGUACACGACAAUGCCGACAUUUACUUUACGGGUCCUUACGUUCGAGGGCACCCUCUCAUCAUCAGGACGCUUUGUAUCGCGGUUCGGUACUAUUCUGGAGGAGAAAAGCGAGCG